UCAAAUGGUAUUCAAAGCCAAAUCAUCCAGCAAUCCCAGCUGAAAAGUGCAAAAUGGUCUUGGGAAAUGUAUGCUUUAAUUGACAAGCAAACACACUGACGAACUACUACACACCGAUCAAAUUUCAAUAUGCUAAUACCCUAAAAACAAAAAAAAAUCCUAAAAUAGAGACUCAGUGGCAGCCUUUUGGCAUUUUGAGAAUGCAAAUUAACGCUCGAGAUGGGACUCGAAUGAAAAAUGCCCCUGGCCAGAAUAGAAUAUUGAUGUUAUCUCCAACUAGAGAAGUUAGUUGCUGUCGUUCUGUGGUUAUCAAUAUGGCCAAUAUUCCAAUUCGUAACACAUCCACACACCAGCUGAGAUACAAAGCGCUACUCUCGCAUAUUGUAUCUGCAUUUAUGAAAAUGCCAGAAGUUUCGAGGGGUUGGGGUUGGGUUGGGUUGGGGAAAGCGGCAGGAACUAUCAAAAUGCAUGCCAAGAGGCAAACAACAAAACCAGGCAACACGAGCUGCCGCAACAUGGCAAACAUGAAACCGAAACCGAAAACUGUAACUAAAACUGUGGGAAAAUCACCUCCCACUGCCACCCACUCGAAUGCUUACUCUAGGCAGCCAAAAUUGAAAACAAAAAAGCAAGAACGGGAAAAAUUUGCAUGCAUAUUUACAAACUUUCGUUCCGAAAGUCACUGCGUGCCAGUACAGUCGGAAAAUAGAUGCAAAAGUACCUACAAAAUUCCUGAUUUUUACGGUGUAUAAAAACCUUUAUUACAUUUUAUGCCGAGCCAAGAUUAAAAAAAUUUAAGUAACAUUUUUCAGUACCUAAAAAAAGGGUAUCUCUUUAGUUUCUCUUUGAUAAAAAAUGCAAACAUUUUUUUGAACCAUAAUAAUUAUUAAAAAUAAUUUAAAUUCUUCCUG